AUGACCACUCUAUAUUUGACUGUAUUAGUGUCGCUAUAUCUGCGCACUGUAUUACGACCCCCUGUUAUAGACACUCUUAAAAAGCGCUCUGGCUCCGGUCCUCGUCGCCCCCCUUCAGCUCUCUCUCACGACCCUCUUCUACUACCCAAGUUAUUCACGCUAUUAUUAGUUAUGCCGUCCCGCUCUCAAGGAUACCGGACUCAAGAGUCCUGUCCCUCAAGUAGGCAUAUGGAGGCACGCCUAUCCCCCCUCGAUCCAUCGGUGAAUCCCCGUGGAGACUCUCACUCCUCACUAGAGCUUCCGCUAGGCCAUAGUGAAUGGGGUCUCGCCACCUACUCUCACGAUCGUGGCGGUGACCUUGAAACGCGCUCCUUUUCCUUUAGGGAUGAUCAAGUUCGCUCCAUCGGGUUCAACGGAGAUCAUCGACCGGAUCAUGACCAAGAUCGCCAAAGUAAUUGCACGUCUUUCGACGGUCUCAACAAUGUCCAGUCUCCAGACCAUAUCAGGCACUGUUAUGCAAAUACAAACAUAGAUCGCUCUGCUCAGGUCUUCAACGGCGACGUCGCCCGCGCUUAUGAUUCGUCUUCUACCAGGGAGCAUCAUUUACACGGUGGGUCCGUCAAAAACAAAAGUAAGCUUGUCAAUGGGGACCUUGAUAGAGAUACGUUCCUGGCUUUUUUCUGCAAUUCCAAUGAAGAAGCCCGCCAGGAGGAAGGGCAGCGGGAGGAACUUCGCCCUCGCCGGCGUGGACCCCGCAGGGGAGGUCGGGCCCUCCCACAAGGGCGAGUUUAG